GUUUCCGGGUCGCAUCCGGAGUCAUGGCGACUGUAAGAAGCCCGAGUUAUCUGUUGACACUAGGCAGAUGGCGCCGCGGCGUGGGAGUAGCUCCCCAGGCCCGGGCUCUCGCCGCCCUUGUGCCCGGUGUAUCCCAGGUGGAUAACAAGUCGGGUUUUCUGGGGAAGAGGCCCCAUCGCCGGCACCCGGGCAUCCUGAAGCUGCCGUGUGUGCGGCUGCCUCGAGCGCUGGCUGACGCCGCGCAGUUAAUGCUGCUCGACAGUGCAGUGCCCAAUGUGGAGAAGCAGGUGCAAGCAUUGACCAAUUAUCUCUGGAGCCGGCAUUUACCUGUAGAGCCAGGGGAGCUGCAAAGACGGGCAGAACAUCUUGAGAAAAAAUUCCUGGAAAACUCUGACUCAUCUCAGACAGAGGAGAAACUUCGUGGAGCAGUGCUGCAUGCCCUGCGUAAAACUACCUACCAUUGGCAAGAACUGAGCUACAAUGAGGGACUGAGCUUGGUGUAUAUGGCCGCAAGACUGGAUGGUGGCUUUGCAGCAGUCUCCAGGGCAUUCCAUGAGAUCCAGACUCAACUUCCAGAGUUCCAACCAAAAACCCUGAUGGACUUUGGGUCAGGUACUGGUUCUGUCACCUGGGCUGCUCAUAGUAUUUGGGGUCAGAGCCUACGUGAAUAUAUGUGUGUGGACAGUUCAGCUGCCAUGUUGGAUUUGGCAGAAAAGUUACUGAAAGGUGGUUCAGAAAAUGGGAAGCUGUAUAUUCCAGGUGUCUUUUUCAGACAGUUUCUACCUGUAUCACCUAAGGUACAGUUCAAUGUGGUGGUAUCAGCCUUUUCCCUAAGUGAACUGCCCAGCAAGGCUGACCGCGCUGAGAUAGUCCAAACCUUGUGGCGCAAGACAAGUGAUUUUCUGAUAUUGGUGGAGAAUGGAACAAAAGCUGGGCACUGCCUUCUCAUGGAAGCCAGGGACCUGGUCCUUAAGGGAAAGGAGAAGUCACCUCUGGACCCUCGACCUGGUUUUGUCUUUGCCCCAUGUCCCCAUGAACUUCCUUGUCCCCAGUUGACAGCCUCUAAGCCCCUGGCCUGUAGCUUUUCCCAGGCUUACCAUCCCAUCCCCUUCAGCUGGAGCAAGAAGCCAAAGGAGGAAAAGUUCUCGAUGGUAAUCCUUGCCCGGGGGUCUCCAGAGGAAGCUAAUCGCUGGCCCCGGAUCACUCAGCCUGUCCUUAAGCGGCCACGCCAUGUGCACUGUCACCUGUGCUGUCCAGAUGGGCAUAUGCAGCAUGCUGUGCUCACAGCCCGCCGCCAUGGCAGGGAUUUGUAUCGCUGUGCCCGUGUCAGCUCCUGGGGAGAUCUUUUACCUGUGACCACCCCGUCUGAGCUUCUUCCGUCCCCUGUUGAAGAUCCCCCUGAGAGUUAACAAGGAUGUGUAACAAGAGUUUCUUGCAUUGUGCCUGCCAAGGCUAAAGCUACCUGGUAUCCAGGAUGGGAGUGCUUUUACCCCUAUAUAUCUGCAUUUGUUUGAAGUUUUAAUAAUUAAAAGUUUUCAAAGAAUGGGA